CUCAACAGAAAUAGAUGAUAUGCUCAGAAAAGCCACAAAUUUGCUGCUUACAAGAACUCUAAGUAGUUGUUUACAGAACCUAAUUAAAAAACCUCAUAUAGGUUUAACAGAGCUUGUUCAAAUCAUCAUAAACACAACACAUUUGGAACAAGCCUGUAAAUACCUUGAGGAUUUUAUAUCUAACAUUACAAAUAUUUCACAAGUGACUGUUCACACUGCAAGACUUUAUGGACUUUCUACAUUUAAGGAUGCAAGGCAUGCUGCCGAAGGAGAAAUCUAUACAAAACUUAACCAAAAAAUAGAUGAAUUUAUUCAGAUUGCUGAUUAUGAUUGGACAAUGUCUGAAUCAGAUGGAAGAGCCAGUGGAUACUUAAUGGACCUAAUUAACUUUUUAAGAAGCACAUUUCAAGUGUUUACUCAUUUACCUGUAAGUGUUCAAAAUUAA